UAGAGACGAUCUUUGUCCCCGUCAGAUGACGUUGGAAUUCACGGGUUACAAAACAUGAGAAAUUAGCAUAGAGGACUUAAUGUAAUUUCAAAGCAGCAAAGGGAUAGUGUGUUGUCACUCUUGUUUCAUCUGAAUGUUAUGACCGGAAUAUGUCAGCUAAUGGAUCCCGCUACAACCACGGCUCCAAUGCAGAACGACUGUGAAACAGAGUCAAGUUCAAUCUGGAGCUGGUGGCCUUCCUGGCGUCCAACCUCCAUGUCCCUUUUGAAGACUACAGAGUCCAAGAUUCUCGCCUGUAUUCAGAAUGACCUGUGGGCCAGAUUUGUGACCCUUCCAAACCAGAACCGAAUAUGGACUCUAACCCUCACCAAAAAGUCGGCCUGUAAACCUGCAGAACAAGCACAUAAGACUCCCCUGGUAAUGGUCCAUGGCUUUGGAGGAGGAGUCGGACUGUGGAUCAGGAACCUGGAUGCUCUGAGCCACUCACGACCCGUCUACGCCUUUGACCUCCUAGGUUUUGGCAGAAGUUCCAGACCUUACUUCCCCUCAGAUGCUGCCAAGGCAGAGGAGCAGUUUGUUGACUCUAUUGAACAAUGGAGGGAAUCUGUAGGUCUGGAGAACAUGAUCCUGCUGGGACACAGUCUUGGGGGCUACCUGGCUACCUCUUACGCUAUCCAGUACCCCUCUAGGGUGUCACACCUUAUCCUGGUGGAUCCAUGGGGCUUCCCUGAACGAUCUCAGACACAGACCCAGGAGGGUCAGAGCUCAGAGAUAGGGAAGAGGCCGUCUCCUCCCCGCUGGGUGAAAGUUCUUGCAUCGAUUGUUUCCCUCUUCAACCCGCUGGCUGUCAUCAGAGCAGCAGGCCCAUGGGGUCCAGGCUUGGUGAACAGAUUCCGGCCUGAUUUUAAAAGAAAAUUUGAAGAUCUGUUUGAUGACGACACUAUGACGCAGUACAUCUACCACUGUAAUGCCCAAAGUCCAAGUGGAGAAGUGGGUUUCCGAGCCAUGUCGGAGACCCUGGGCUGGGCUAAGAGGCCCAUGCUGCAGCGGGUCCAUCUGCUGCCUCCAAAGAUGCCUGUCACAUUGCUGUACGGAGGCCGUUCCUGGGUCAGCAGCUCAUCUGGGGACAGAAUGGCCGAAAUCAGGAGCCAGACCCACACCAGAGUGCUGCUGAUAAAUGAAGCCUCGCACCAUGUGUAUGCUGACCAGCCAGAAGAGUUCAACAGAGUGGUGGAAAGUAUUUGUAAAUCUGUCGACUGAACACACCUGUGAUGCUCUGCAAGGACUGAAAGUACCAUAGACAAUUUAUUGUGGUGGUUUUAACACUGCAUCAUUUGCAUGUGAAUCAAGUUGAUGUAGUGUUUUGAGGCAUACGCAGACAUGAGUUUAAAGUCAAUUCUUAAUAAUACUUUAGUGAAGCUCUUUGCUUGCAUUUUUGUUAGUCAGUGUAUUAGUAUAAUGAGUAAAAUAUAUUUAUUUUCAUGAUGGACUUUCUGAUCACACAUCAGCCAAACUACGAUAUCCAGUGUAAAUUCAUCUCUCAGGAUGAACUGGCCUAAUUUAUUAUGUAGCAGCCCUCCAGCUACUGGCUCACACUUUAACAUGUGCCUGACACGUUUUUUUUUGCCUCUGGUGUCUGUUUCAUGUUGUUUCACUCUAUGUCACACAUUUUGUCUGUAUUUUAUACCCUUACACAAAUUAAAAUGUCUAUUUGGAAAACCUACUUGCAAUGCAUGAAAUAACCAGCAGAGGUCAGUAACAAGUGGUAUUUUUAAUCCGUUUCUCCCAGUCAGAUCAGGUAGUUUAGCAAAUGUCAAAUGCAAACAAACUAAAACCAUUCAAAAUAUUUAAUAUUAACAUACUUUUUUUUUCAGUUUAAAUUGGACUUAGAAAGCCUCACAGAUUUGAAAACUAGAACUAGAAGCUUAUUCUGUACCAUGUUCAUAUUUGAAAAGAAUCAACAUAAAACAAUACCAAUAAUAAUACAUUUUAUUUUAAAGUGCCUUUCAAAACAUACAAGGACACUGUACAAUAAAACUCAGCAUGAAUCAUAAAAUGCAAAUGCUGAAUCACCAGAUAAGAGAAAAUAAAAUCAAAGAGAAAUUAAUUAAAUGCUGGGGAGUGAAUCAAGUUAUAUGGAGUAGCAAUUUUGAUACGGUAAAUUUUAAGUUUGGAUGAAUAAAGUGGAGAAGAGAUGAUAUCUCUGACAGAAAGAUGAAGAGAGGAGGAAGGUCUGGGAUGAAGCAUUGAUCUGUACCAACUCAGACAAAUAUGGAGGGGAAAGGUGGUGGAUGGCCUUGAAUGUAUACAGAAGGAUUUUCAAGUCAAUGCAAUGUUUAACAGGAAGCCAGUGAAGCAGAUGUGGUGGGUGAGGGGGGUUCUGCUUAUAAUAUGAAGGGCUGAGUUCUAGACAAGUUAAAGUUUAUGCAGGGGUUUUGAGUAAAACUAAACAAGAAGGUGUUGCAGUAAUCAAUCCAGGAGGUGACAAGGCUGUGGACAAGGACGGUGGCGGAGGAUGGGGGGUAAGGGAGGGGCGAGAGCGAUUAAUGUUACGUAGAAGGAAAAAUGCUGAACGAGUGAUGUUAUUGAUGUGAGAUUGGAAAGAUUGUGAUGUCAAGGAUAACACUCAGACUCCUAACUUGAGGGGAAGGAGAAAGAGAGGAGUUACCAGCAGUUCUGGAUGUAGGUUUACUUCCUACCACUGAAUCUUAUUAAAUAUACCUACCCCAUAACUUUGAAAUCUAGUCAUAUUAACACUGAUUAAAAGGAUGAGCCCCAUGCUGAAAGGGAGACGUAAAUGAACAAAAAUAGAAAUGCAUAUAUUUUUCUUAACAGUUUUAGGAUUUUAUUGGAUGCACACAAAUAUAUUUUAGCAUUAUGACUGUGUAGUGUAAGUGUGGAUUAAAACCUAUAAACAAGGUCUCUAAACAGAGAAAACUAAUUUACAAAGGGUGUUUUUUCCUCAGAAGACCCAGAGCAGAUUUUUAAAUAGCUAUUCUGUUUUCUAUAAAUAAAUAAAUAAAUAAAUCAUUGUGACUUAAUUUAUGUACAAUACUAUGAUUUGGAUUUGACACUGGUUUUGACUCUGAAUUUCUUAAGUGUAAUAAAAUUCAAGACUUAUUGAAAUAAUGUUCCAGCUGUUAUUAAUCCCUAAAAAUAAUUUGUGUGUUGAAGUAAAAUGAAGUAAAAUAAAUAUACUUCAAACAUAUUCAAAAUAUUUUUUUAAGUUGCAUGUAUGCAUGAAGCUUUUAAGCCCAUGAAUAAGCUAAACAAUUACUUCAGAGUCAGACCAAAGGUAAUACUAAAGGAGCAAGAAAACUCUGCAGCAAAGACAACUUGAUUUGACCAAUAUAAACUUUAGAAGUGACCAGCAAAACACACAUAAAUACAUAUGACAAUGAUAAUAAUUAUAAAUGUGUAAAGAAAAGUUAAGCAAAAGUGGAAAACACAGAUAUAUGAUCCGAGGCUCCUCAGGUGACACUAAAAUAAGAGGUUUUUGUUUUGACCCUCAAGGAAAACACCAUGGUUGCUGCAAAGCCAACACAGCUCUUCACCCCAAAAACACCAUCCCCAUGGCAAAACAUGGUGGUGGCAGCAUCAUAAUGUACAGAUGAUUUUAUCAGCUGGGAUUGGGAAACUGGUCAGAAUUGAAGGAAUAUUGAAUGGUACAGAGAAAAUGUGUUUGGAAAAUCUGUCUUUCUGAGAUUUAUUUGUUUUUUUACAGUUUUAUUUUGAAGAAUGGGAAAAGUACCAGUGGCUGGAUGGGCCAAACUCAUAACGUCCAAGGAAAUAGGAUGUUUGGUGGGGUACUCAGAAAAAGAAAUGUGGAUGGUGAGAGAAAUUACUAUUUUAUGUUAGUUUUAAGAGUUACAGCCAGAUUUCUG